CUGGUCCUGUGUUGUGUGUCAGGUUGUGUUCCAGACUGGUUGGACGGGACUCUGGUCAGAAACGGUCCUGGUUUGUUCUCGGUGGGAGAGACUCGGUACAAUCACUGGUUCGAUGGACUGUCCCUGAUCCACAGCUUCACCUUCAAAAACGGUGAGGUGAGCUACAGGAGCAAGUUCCUGAAGAGCGACACGUACAAGAGGAACCUGAAGGCCGAGCGCAUCGUGGUGUCCGAGUUUGGGACCAUGGUUUACCCCGACCCCUGCAAGAACAUCUUCUCCAGGUUCUUCACUCAUCUGUCCAACGUGAUCCCAGAUUUCACGGACAAUAACCUGGUGAACAUUAUUCGAUACGGAAAAGACUUUUACGCCGCGUCUGAAAUCAACUACAUCAACGAGAUCGACCCGGUCACCCUGGAGACCGUCGGCCGGACAAACUACAGGAACCACAUCGCCCUGAACCUGGCCACGGCUCAUCCGCACUACGACCGCGAGGGGAACACCUACAACAUGGGCACCGCCAUCAUGGGCCUGGGCAAACCCAAAUAUGUCAUCUUCAAAGUGCCGCACGACGCCUCAGACCCGCAGCGUAAGAAGCCGGCUCUGAGGAAGCUGCAGCAGGUGUGCUCCAUCCCGUUCCGGUCUCUGCUCUUCCCGAGUUACUUCCACAGUUUUGGGAUGACGGAGAAUUACAUCGUGUUUGUGGAGCAGCCGUUUAAACUGGACAUGGUCAAACUGGCCACGGCGUAUUUCAGAGGAGAAAACUGGGGCCAGUGUCUGAAGUACGACCACGACGACACGACGUUGUUCCACGUGGUGAACCGUCACACGGGGAAGAGCGUCUCGACCCGGUUCUACGGCGCCGCCCUGGUGACGUUCCACCACAUCAACGCGUACGAGGAGGAGGAGCACGUGGUGUUGGACCUGGUCUCCUACAAAGACACCAACCUGUACGACAUGUUCUACAUCGACAACAUGACCCAGGACACCGACAAACUCAUCGAGGCCAACAAAGGCUUCAGCCCCCCGGUGUGCGACCGCUUCAGCCUGCCCCUCGGCCUCACCCAGGAGUCAGACAGAGGAGUGAAUCUGGUGAAGCUCAAAGACACUUCAGCCACAGCCGUGAUGCAGGAGGACGGAUCUGUGUUCUGUUCACCAGACCACAUCUUCCAAGGUCUGGAGCUUCCGAGAAUAAACUACGACUUCAACGCCAAGAAAUACAGAUACGUGUACGGAUCCAGAGUGGAGUGGUCCCCCCAUCCCAACAAGAUUGCUAAAGUGGACAUAGAGACUCGCACUCACCUGGAGUGGUUCCAGGAGAACUGUUACCCGUCUGAACCGGUGUUUGUGCCGUCGCCCGGGGCAACGGAGGAAGACGACGGUGUGAUCCUGUCGUCGGUCGUCUCUCCUGACCCCGCCCUCCCUCCCUUCAUGUUGGUCCUGAACGCUCGGACUAUGGAGGAACUGGGACGAGCCGAGAUCCCGGCCCAGAUCCACAUGGACCUCCACGGGUACUUCAUCCCAGCGUCAGAGACCCACUGAGACCAGGACCAGACCGGGACCAGACCAGGACUAGAGCAGGACCAGACCAGGACCAGACCGAGACCAGACCAGGACUAGAGCAGGACCAGACAGGGACCAGAGCCAGGACCAGAGCAGGACCAGACAGGGACUAGGGCAGGACUAGACCGGGACUAGAUCAGGGCUACACCAGAAUUCGUGCAGGAUUAAUUCAGGACUAGACUAGGACUAGAUUGGGACUAGAACGAGACUACACUGGGACUAGAGCAGGACUAGACUGUGACAAGACCGGGACUAGAGCUGGAUUAAACCAGGACUAGGGCAGGACUAAACCGGGACUAGACUGGGAUUUGACUGUGAUUACAACAGGAUUAAACCAGGAUUAGGCCAGGACUAGACCAGGACUAGACCAGCACUAAACUGGCCCUAAACCAAAACUA